AUGGCCAAGUUCAGGGAGCAGCAUGAGGCGUACCGGAAAAGGGUUCGAGCAUCGUUGACCAAAGCUGGCUUGAUUGACGACCCGGAGAAACGCAAAGCGCUUAGCGAUGCUAUAGAAUUCAAGGGCAUAUGUGAGGAUAUGUGCCCCGAGUUUGAGAAGAUAACAAGAAUCACGGAGCUCGAUGUUGUUCAGGCAGAGAAGGAUCCCCAGACGAGCCAUGCGAACCCGAGUAAAAUGGUCAAAAAGCUGGCACGAUCGGCCGCUGGCCAAGAGGCCCCCCUGCCCAUGGAUGUUCGGUCCGUUCCUGCCCUCCGGAGGACGCUCGACUAUCUCUUGGACCAACUACUGCGGACCGACGCAAACCUGCCCAAAGUCCACGGCUUUCUCUGGGACCGUACACGCGCCAUCCGUCGGGACUUUUCCUUCUUCUCUUCGUUGACGCCGGAGGAGACCAAAACCCAAGUUUACGUACUGGAGAACAUUGCCAGAUUUCAUGUUACCUCCCUGCAUCUCCUCUCCCAAGAGGGAAAGGCACCCGAAGACUUUGUUCAGCAACAGGAGCUCGAACAGCUAGGCAAGGCUCUCCUGUCCUUGCGAGACGUGUACGACGACUGCGGCGAACAAGGGAUAGCGUGCGAGAAUGAAUCCGAAUUCCGAGCCUACUACCUAUUAUUCCACGCGGAAGAUCCGAGCAUCCUAGAGACCCUCCAACGGCAAUGGAAACCCCACCACUGGCGGGACUCGGAUGAGGUUCGAACGGCGGUUUCGCUAGUUGAGGCGCUCCAGAACACAAGCAACUUUCAUGGCCCACUCAAGGACGGGCCCUCUCUUGCUGCGGCGACCUCUCCUCAGGCUUAUUUCCGAAUCGUGCGAGAUCCCAAGGUCUCGUACACCAUGGCCUGUUUUGCCGAAUGCCAUUUCCCGCAGCUUCGGAGGUCGAUAUUGCAGACAGUAAAACGAGCUCUGGCUAGACCCAAGGACCCUGCCAAGGACAUAACAGCGGCAGUACUUAACAAUUUCCUGCAGUUUGAUACCGUUGAGCAGGCCAUCGACUUUGCCGAGCUUCACGACUUUGAGUUUGCCGCCGAUCCCGAAGGUCAGCCAGGUCUAGGAGGAAAUAUACUAGUCCUUGACGACAAACUACCACUGCCUCAUCGCAGGCUGCAACAUCAGUAUUCUCACAGCCUGGUGGAGCGCAAACGAUCAUCACGACCUCUUCCAGAAGUGAUUCACAACACUGUGUUUCAAGAUUCCACCGCUGCAAAGAGCACCAACAGCCUCGGAUCCGAAGGCAGCCUUUUCGUCGAGGAUGUUGGCUACAAUCCUGGGCCAUCUGGGCUGUCCGGCUUGUCGGAGGUCUUUCCUAACCGUCUUUCGGCUGAGCGUCCUUCCCUGGCAUCCCCGUUCGGCACGCCAGGACUCUCAUCGACGCAAAUCUUGGGUCGCCAGCAAGCAUCGAACGCUGCUGCACCUUUAAGCUCUCAAAGCAAGGAUACUUCCAUCACUCGCGGCAAUCCCUUUGGCGCGCCAGCUGCUGCCUCCGAAAGUCACUCAAAGUUGAAUCCAUUCGCUUCUACAGCAUCUCCAGCGUCCUUGUUCGCGUCCAAGGCCGGUGAUGGAGGUAGAGAUGCGAUGAGCAUGUUCAAAGGCGGUGCUGCGGCUGUCACCAUGAACUCGUCGACGUUGACGCCAGAAACGACAGGUCAACAACCGGCCUUUAGGGAGAGCAGCGCAACGUUCCCGUCAAUGGCAUCCAAACUACAAGCUUGCUUUUCUGUAAGCGCCGAAAAUCCUGGCACCGCGAAUCCUUUCUCAUCCACCAGACUAUCCGGUGACUCAAAGUCUGCCUCCUCUUCAGCCUCAAUGCCGCCGCCACCUAUUCCUCAGUCGAAAGUAGUCUCGAAUAUCGAUAGAUCGCCGUCAGAUAGUCACCCACCUUCUUUGAUCGAUGUUGGAACGAAUAAGCCUGCUGCCGUAUUUGCAAACCUUGCGAAUUGGACGCCUCCCCAGGCCAGAUCGGCCCCGUUUGGGGGUUCAAACGUGGCCAAGCCCAGCAACAGUACUGCAAACACAACGCCCAAUCCAUCCAUAGCGCCAGAUUUGCCAGGGAGCUCCUCAAGCUCAAUUGCUGUGACCAAUGAUGCAGCACCAUCACCAGCGAUUCCCUCCUCGACCGCGGAUGAGCCCGUGAUUCAGUCUACGGCAAUAUUCUCCGGUCUGUCAGCAACCGGCGGCACGUCGUCGUCGAACCCUCUUUCGGGCCUUGCAAAUCAGCCAAAACCCUUGGCCGGAUCAGCCCUGAGCCAGCCCAGCACAUCAGCACCUGCUGCUUCUACACAUGCCCAACCUGCAGCUCCUCCCCGAGAUCUGAUGGCUGACUUUACCACGUGGUUCGUUUUGGGCGACAAUGGCGUACUGGAACAGUUUCAAAUAUUCAUGAUUGAUGAUAUUGUCAGCAAAACGUUUAGCGACUAUGAGAACAAGACGGCGGAAACGAGGCGGAUAGAGGAGGAGAGGCGCGUCGACGAAGAGGUGCAAAACUUUAGAAAGUACAAUCUAUCCCUCAAGUACUUUUACAGGUGGAGGCGGCACGCCAGGGAGAAACGGCUGAGCGCUCUUCGACGCGGCGGGCGAGACCAGCUCCGAGCAUUCUACGCGUCGCAGCAUGCAGCCGAGCAUAAAGCGCAAACGGAGGCGGCCAAACAGGCAGCGAGGCAACGAGCGGAACUCUCCGACAUCAAUCGGCCCGAGGAGUUUGCGAAGAUGCUCCAGCGGAAGAAGGUGACGAGGUCGGAGGCAAGAGUAGCGUUGCUCUCGAGCGGCGUGCUGUCCGGCAUGGACGACGACGACGCGCGCGAGGUCGCCGACUCCAUCGUUCGGGAGGAGGGCUUUCGGUCGAGGAGCAACUCCAUCACGACCGGCGGCCAGUCCAGGGAGCCGUCGCCGCCCAGCUCGAGCCGACGGUUCGGGAGCAAAACACGGGCCUUGCGCGACAUGUAUCUGGGCAAACCAGAACGCUUCCGCCGAUCGCUGCCCUCGAUGUCCUGCCGAAGCAGCGAGCCGCCGGAGGGCCCACGGCCCGCCAGCAAUGCGUCCGCUCGAUGGCGCCUCAAGGCCAUGGGCAUUGAGCAGCUGCCAGACGCGACUGCCGUACCAGAGUCCAUGGCGUACGACAUGAGGUCGAGACCCAGCCUCUACUCCAGCCUGGCGUUUGGGUCCUCCACCACGGGGGGCCGCUCGAGCCGUCGGGCUUCCGUGAGCGGAGACGCCAACGCCAACGCCAAGGCCAAGGGCAACGGCAACGGCAACGGCAAUGCCUCUGGGUCCCCCACCAGCAAGACGGGCGUGCCGGCCGUGGAUGAUUCCUCAGCCACCAACAAGAGAAAGCGGUCCGCCGCAGGCACCACCAAUGCCGCGGGGGGACGAAGCAGACACAAGCGGAUCAUGAGCGAGGCGGAGAAGCUCACGAGCGAGCUCAAGGCGAUUCGGCAAGAGCUGGAGCAAGGCGCAGAAUGGUUCAGGUCGCAGACUCAGCGGCUGCGGAGCGAAUCGCGGGGGCGCGAAUGCCCGCCCUGGCUCGACGACGGCAUCUUGGACGGCGUCGCGGGACAAGAUUAG